CUUCCCUCCCCUCGCAUCGCGCCGCCACCCAUCUAGCCAUCCCGCCCUCCUGCAUCACGCCGCCAUCCACAUCCAUCCCCUGGCCGCUCUCCCCCGUUCCGAGCACUUGACGGCGUCGGCCCGGCCCCCAAAACCCCCGCGGCGGCCACCGCAUCCCUCCAUCGUUCGCCGUUGCCGCCGCCGCACGAUGCACUUGGGGAUCUGCUUCGUGCGACCCCAAGCGGCCCUUCUCCUCCUUGCCCUCCCUCGCCUCCCCGCGCCGCCGCACAUGAAGAAGGCCAAGCUCCCCACCGUCUCCUCCUCCUCCGCCGGUCACACCACUCAUCCCCUCCUCUCUCUCCCCCGCACACCCCAGUGCUCCAUGCAGCAAACCCCAGCGCUCCCCGAUCCAGAUCCCUCCCCUCGCCGCCACCCACCCCUCCCCCGCCAACACCCACCCCUCCCCUCGCUGCCACCCACCUCCGCCACACCUCCCCUCCCCACCUUAGAUCCUCUCCCCACUCCCAGAUCCAACUUGCCACCAGAGAACGAGGAGGUCGCGGCCAGGAUCUUCGAGACGCGGUGGUCGUCGAUGCGGGGUCAUGACGCGGGGCCGACCAUGGAGGCGGUGGUCGUCGACGCGGUGUCCAAGCUGCUAAAGGCCGGCAUCGCGCUGUCCGAGAUCUCCUCUGCUCCCUGGGCUGGUGAUGCCCUCGAAGGUGAAGACGGGCCGAGAUGGCAGGCUGCUUGUUGCCUCGGCCCCGAAGAUGAAGAUGAAGGUGGAGGAGAGCGAGCGUGGGUGAGAUGGCCUCUUGCAGCAUGUCCGACCGCCCCUACUUCCCUGAUGAGCGCAUGCUGCAGCUCCUAGGCAAGGGUACACGAACUCCACUUCUUCCACCAGCCACCCUCCCCUCUGCGCCCAGCUUGUGGAACACCUCCACACCAUCUUCGGAGCCGCCUGCUGGUGAGAUUGGUGUUCAUUGUGGCGCAAUAGACUACACAUGCCAUCG